AGCAUAUGCAUUAACUAUUAAGAACAAUAUAACAUUUAAUUAUAUGAAGCACUUACAAGAUUCUUUAAGCUCUUAGUAAUAAGAUACAAAGUUGUAUGUUUAAAAAGUAUUCAAAAUGACAGAAGAAAAAGAAAACAUCAAAAAAAAUAUUAAAUAAUUAUUAUAAAAAAAAAUAAUUUUGUAUGAGGCAGUAAUUAAUAAUAAAUUAUAAUAAUAAAAAGAAAGCUAUUUGAUAGCUCUUUAUUCAAUAACUAAUCAAAUAUCUUAAUUAGAAAACAGAAUAAGAAAUCUAUGGAAAGAAGAUAAGGGUAUAUCUACUAUUAGAUUAGUUUGUUUCUUUUUAGCAGAAGUUAAAAAUGAUUUAUACGGUGCCUACAUCUGGAGUAAAUAAGUUUUUGCAGAAGAUCCAUUAGAAAUAAGGGUAAACAAGUAAUAUAAUAUUGAUAUCAAGAAUGAUAAGGUAUGUCGAAUUUAUGUAGAUUUUGGAUAAAACAAAGCUAUGAUUAAUUCUUUUUCAUAAAAUGCCUCUCAAAUACUUAGUAUUGAUUAGAUAAAACUAUAAAAUGUGAAAUUGCUUUCUAAGCUAAUUCCAUCUCCAGUUUCUGAGAUACAUGAUUCUUUAAUAAAAGAAUUCUUUUUAACAGGAAAAUCAAAAAAUUUUAGGUAGCUUAAUAUGCUCCAAAUGAAAAAUUUAGAUAAUUAUUCAGAUCCUGUUUAGAUAUUUUUUGAUAUUGAUAUGACUUACACAUAGGAUUUGAGGCUUGUUGCUUUUGUUAAAAUAGUUAGAAAUUAUUCUUCAGUAUAUUUAAUUUUCAAUAGCGAAGGCAUUCUUGAAUCAGCUUCAUCUAAUAUUUUUAAUAAAUUUUUUAUAAGUGAAGAUUAAGAAGAUAAAAAUUUCGAAAAUUCUUUCUUGCAUAAUAUGAGUUGGAAUGAUUUAUUUCCAAACCUUGAAAUGUACAAAAAGACUUUUGAAAGUUUUGAAAAUACAAAGAAGAAAACUUAAGAGUACAAAUGGAUUUAAUAACCUAUAGAAAUUUCAAAGCAGAGACAUAAAAAAUAAGAUUAGAUAUACUCUUAUUGUGCAAAUAUAACAAUUAGAUAGUAGGUAUACUGCUCAUCAAAUUAAAUGCAACAGCAAUUUUACUAUGUAGUUGAGAUAGAAAAUAUAAAAAACUAAAAAAAUAGUGAAUACACAGCUAAGUAAGCAAAGGAACUCUUAAAAGGAAAUUAAUAAAUAGGUCUAUAUGGUUUAGAAACUAUGUUUUCUUACACUCAAGAUAACUUUUUCAGUAAAGACAAUCUUGAAAACAUUCAAGAAGAAGAGGAGGGUGCUGAAAUACAGGAUAGUAAAAUGGUUAAAAAAAACCAAUCUCUUAUAGAAAUUUAAGAAUAAGAAAAUACAAUGAAUACAGAAAAUGCUUAAAAUAUUUACAAGUAGAAGGUUUUGCAUGGAAUUAAUAAAUUAAAAUUGUAAAGAAAAAUGAGUGAUUAUCGUUCUAACACUGAAAUGUCUUUGUCACCUGAGAUUAAAAAAGAUAAAUUAUCUUAAAGACAGAGCUCUUAAUUGCAGUUGUUUGAUUUUAGUGAAAGAGGAUUACAGAAUAAAGAUAGCUUUAUGAGUCCAGAAAACAAGAAUAAAGAAUUAAGAAAAAUGGCUAAUAGACAUAAUUCAUAUAUAAACUCUUCUCGUUCUGGAUUUAUGUUUGAUUAGAAUAAUUAAAGUAGCUAUUCCUUAACUUUUUUUAAUGAAUUGAGAGGUUUAGAUGACUAGUCCACUAAUCAUUACAAUGCUAGGUAAGAGAACAGUGCAAAGUAGCUAAGCAAUUAGAUAUAAGUUUUUAGCCCUUCAAGUUAUUAAAAUCCAUAUAAUAAUUAAAUUAAUAAUAAUAAUUCAAUUAGCCAAAUUUAUAAUAACGAUGAUCAGCAGUAAUCUUCGAGAAUGAAUAUACAGAUUCCUGGCGAUUCGUUCUCUAUUACUUAGGAACAGAAUUUUUACAACCUAAUUAAAAACUAUGAAUAGCAACAUGGCAAUUAUUUUAUUAAUUUGAACAACGAUUUAAAUAAUUAAUUGCAAACUAACAGAAUGCUGAAAGAAUAAAAAAGUAGUGAAAGUGAUUAGGAAGAAAAUGAAGUUCAAAAUGACUUUUAAAAAAUGAAAAGUUUUAAGAAAAAAGUAAAAACGAUAUAAACAAGCUUAGUCUCUUAAUAGUAAUUUGAGAGAGAAUAUAUGAAAAGAAUUAAUCACAACAACACAAGCUCUAACGUCAAGGGUAAAUAUAUGUACUUUAACAAUUACAAAAGUAUGCAUGAAUUUACUUAAAGUAAGAAACUUCCAAAUUCAUUGAAAAUACUCUCAGCUACAAAUCUUAUGCAAAUCAUACUCUCUGUUAUUUAAGUAAUCGGCCUUACUUUUUAUUUAAGAGAUUCUAUUUUUGGGCUGUAGCAUAAACUUAAUUUGAUCUAACUCCAAAGCUAAUUCCUAAGUCCGAUUGAUGAAGGUUUCGGAACUUUAUGGAAAGGAUUUAUAAAUAUGGAAGAUUACUUUUUGGGAUAAUUAGAUGGGAUACCUUAAUCUGAACUGGAUUUUUACUAAAAUUACUUUAAAUUGAUAAGAUCUAAUAUCAACUACACAUACGAUAGAUUGUAAUAAUUUGAAUAUUCUAUGGACAACUCCCAAUAAGAUUUCAUUGAUUUUCUAGGUUAGGUAUCAGAAUUUAGAGAAAAUGAUGGAAAUUAUGGAUAUAACAAUUUUAAUUCUACAAAUAGAUUUAUUGUAGUUUAAAUGUUAAAAACAUUUAGCUUUUUAAAGACAUAUGACUGGGAAAAUAACUACCUAGAUAACAAAGGAUAUUAUUAUGAUUACUCAUUUUUGUAAAUGAAUAUGCUUAAGAUAACAAACAUCUUUAGCUAGCUAAGCUAAAAUCUAAUUUAAGUUCUUUAAAAGAUUUCAUAAUCAAGUUUGAUAAGUGUGAAUGUUUAUUUAAUUAUUUCUUCAAUUAUACUAUCACUUUUAAUAAUAGUAUGUUUUGUUUAUUUCAUAUAAUUUCAGGCUAUCAAAAAAAGCAUUUUUAAUUUAUUCCAUUUUAAUGAUGCUAUUUGGAUUAACUUAGAACUGUAAUCCACUAAAGAAAAAUUAAAUCAAGUUAACUUAGAUUAGAAUAUAGACCCUUUUUCAGAUUAUCAUUUUAAUCUCUAUUAAUAUGAUGAAAUGCUUUAUAUUUAAGAAUAAACAAAAGAAAAGAUGAAGAGCAAGUUCAAAUCUAGAAAGGGGAUAAAUUAGUCGAAUAAAAUCGAAAUUCCUAUUCCAUAGUUUUACUCACGCAAACUAUUAGUUUUAUUUUUCAUCAUGUUUUUAGGUGUUAUAAUUAGUAAUGCUCUAUCAAUAUCUUUUAUCAAAAAAUCAUUUAUUGAUAGCUAUAUUAGUAGUGCAGAAAAAUUUUCAUACUUUUAAGACUCUUCUAAUUUAGCUUCAAGAUUGUCAGGUUAUAUAGAUUUGGCAAAUGCAAUUAAUAUUCACUGGUUUAGCUACUUUAACUAAAAUGAUACUAUUUUGAUGAGAAAUGAGUUUGAUGAAAAAGUUAUUCUUUUCAGAUCUUUUAUUACUAACUAGGUGAUUUAAAUAAAUGAUUUAGGCCCAUUUAAAAAUAAAGAGUUUAUUAAAUUUUUAAAUGCUGCAAACUCAUAUGACCUAUGUAGCUAAAUUAUGCAUCUUGAUGGUAUAGAGCUGGAGGUUUGCAAUAUUGCAAGCGGAGGCAUAUUAAAACAAGGACUAUCAGCAUCUCUGAUCUAAUUCAUCAAUGAUAUAAAAAGUGACAGAGAUUAAACUAAUUUUGAGAAGCGGUCAAAAUAAAAACUGGAGGUGUUUGAAAUAAGUCUUUUUUGCUCCAGGGUAUUAAAUUAUGCUAGUGAUUUGCUUUUUAAAGGUAUUGAAGACUUAUGUGACUCUUCAUGGCAAUAUUUACUAUCAAUUAUUUUAAUUUUUGGUAUAUUCUCUAUAGGAGCUAAUUUAAUAAUUAUGAUUUAUAUUAAAGUUAAAAUAAAAAAUUAAUUCUUUCUCUUGAAGCAGUCAUUGUUUUUGCUUCCUAUUUAAACCAUAUCAUUUGAAAGAACAUUCAGCACAAGUUUGAGACUAAUAUAUUUAAAGUAUGAUCUAUAUAGCAAUUACUCAUAGGUAUGA